UUCAGUCUUGUAUUACACUACAACGUCUGGUACUCGGUGUCCCUUUUCUUACUCGGAGGCCCUCGCGUACACGUGCGGCGUCCGGUUGGAAGACUAAGUCAACCUUUGGCGUGUCUCCAGCGCGGAUUUGACGACUUCGCUGUCCUUCAAAUCAUGCCACGCGAUAUCGUUUCGUCUCACAUGGUCUUUCAAAUCCUCGACAUGUUUUCAUGAUCGCGGAUUCAUUUCGGUUCCGUCUCCCACCCGCGCCUCUACUUGCGAGUGACUGUCAUGUCACGGUGGUCUUGGAACUUUUGAGGCGACUCUGUCCGACGAGGUGCAGACCCCAGAGAGACUAUGGAGAGGACCGAGACAGACACGGAGCCCGUUAAAUCGGAGAACUGUUUCGACCGUACAUAUUCGGCCUUGACAGUGGACGAUGUGUACGCUAUAGCCAAAACGGUUGGCGCGGAGGUGGAGAAACUCAUUGACGGCUACGGCAAAGAGAGCGCCGUGGGGCUGGUGCCCAAGAUAGUCAAAGUCCUGGAGCUGCUGGAGAGUUUCGCUUCGAGGAACCAUGUCCUCAAACAGAGAGAAGAGGAGCUGCUGAAGGCUUUCGAGACUCUGCAGGUACAGCAGCAGAGGAAACGUGCGGGGAAAGACGGCGAGGAGGGAAACGGGAGCACUGAAACACGGGAGCUUCAGCAUAAGGAGGAGCAAUGGAGGAGGAGGUGUGAGGAGCUCCAGGCCCAGGUACAGCAGCUACAGCAGGACAGACAGGAGCUGCAUAGUAGACUGAAGGGAAGCCAUUGCCAGGAAGACCGUGUCCAGCGGCAGGAGAGAGAGGUGAUGCUGAAGCUGAAGGAGGUGGUGGACAAGCAGAGGGAUGAGCUCAGAGCCAAAGUCCAGGAGAUAGCGACCUUUUCCAAGGAGGUGGAAGCGCUCCAGGAGCAGCUGGAGCGCUUCAUGAAGAUGAACGGGGAGUUGCGCCACAAGCAGAGUGUGCUUGAGGCCCAACUGAAGAGCACCGUGGAGAGGAAGGCUGACAUGGAGGCUGACCUCAGAGAGAAACACAAGCAGAUAGAACGACUUCAGGCACAGAUGGACAAAGCCGUUGGCAGCCCUUCCAAUCCAUGUCAGACGUUUUCAGAGAGAACUGAAAAUCUGGCAGUGAAGAAGAAGGAUCAGGAUCAGCCGUGCUUCACUAAGAAGGAGGUGCGUGACAUGCUGUUUGAGAGGAAUGAGCUCAAGGCCAACCUUUUCCUAGUUCAGGAGGAGCUCAAGUACUACCAGAGGGAGAUCCUGAAUGAUGAGCGGUGUCCAGGCUUUCUUUUAAAUGCUGUCCGCUCUACAAUUAAGAAACGGAGAACUCUUAUCAAGGCCAAGAUGCUGGGCAUUCCUGUAGAUGAAUGCAGCAGUGACGAGGAGGAUAAGGGGCCUCUGUUUGAGCAGACAGAAACAGACAGCAGUGAGGAAAAACCAGCCGAGUCUCGCAUUAGAAACCUCUUUGGUUUCUUGACGCGGUCUGGCAACAGCCGGAACCCCAACUACAUGAGCCACUCGGCCUCCAGCUGGGAGAUCAUCGGAGACUCGGAGGCAAGCAGGGAGACCGAGCCCCAACCACCUUUCUGAGCCCACCACCUGACCAGGGAGCCCUUCCUGAACCCUCAUGUUUCCACUGCAAACCUAUGUCAUCUCAACAUUGUCCUUUAAAAAGGCCAACAUUUCAGCUUUCUUUGACCUUCUUUGAACUUUUCGACAUGUAUCAUAGAUUUUUUUUUUGUCUGCCUGGAAAAAGUUUUUAAGGAUAUGGUGGGUUCUUGAUUAUUUCACUGCAGCCCAAGGGUAUCCCAGCCAACAUUAACACACAAAUCACUGUAUUUGUGUGAAAAAGUUUGCUCUUUUAAACAGGUUCUGCACUUCACACUUCAAAACAAUCCCUUUUCUUGUCUCUUUACUCUUUAUUUUUGUCAUACUCUAUUUUAUUUCCUCUUUUUAUUCAAUUUCAUUCUGUUUUACCCACGUUUCUCUGUCAGGUUUGAUUAAGAACAGGAACACUGGUCAGUUAUAUGCUGUGUUUACUAAUAUAAACACACAGUUUCUGUGAUUUCAAGUUUUGAGCCAAAACAAAGUUCUCCAUUUGUCAGACUGACACCAAAAUGUUAUUCUCUGUUGUAAGGAGGUUCUUUAUCUUAGAUCUUAUGUAUCUAUCAUAUAUAUCGUUUUGAAUUCUGGAAGAGUUAGAAAUAAUAGGAUAUUUGAUUAGCAGUAUUGUCAGGUUUUUUUUUAAACCAAAGGUAAUACCGAAUUGAAAAUGUAAUUGUGGAAAGAAACUCGUGAAGUACACUAGUUUGCCACAAGAGGUCCCUGUCUCAUUCUAACUUUUAUCACCAUGAACUUGUCAAGCAUUUAACUUUUAACAUUUACCUGAAUUGAGGUAUUUUUUGUGACAUACCUUUGAAUGAACAUCUUUUUUUCAGAACUAAAUGCAGCACUUUAUGACAAAAAAAUAAGCUUGCACUCUAUUACCAGUCUAGUCUUCCAUAGUACAUGUGGAUGUGCAAGCAUUAAUGUAUUGCUUGUAUCUUUCGGUAAUAUUUUAUUUUCUCAGACUGCAGCAAUUCCUGUGCGGAGGAUUUGCCAGGCAUGGCUGCGAUAGCGAUACCAUAACAGUGCAUGUGUUUGAGUGCAUGCUAGUGUGUGCACAUUUGUUUGGGCUGGGGAACCAGUCGGAGGAAAUGUGUGUUUCCACUGGGGAAAUAAGAAAUGGUGUGCGUGUUUUCUCCUCCAUGCCCUUGUAAACAAAGAGUUGUCACUCACACACACACGCACACACACACACACUUCUGACCCUUCUGCCCCCUUGGAAGUUUGGUUAUGGAGGUACAUGCACACCUUCAAGGUGUACAGGCCUCAGGCAUUCAGUGCGUUCUGGGAGGCAAUGUAUGUCCUUCCUAUCUGACCCUAUUUUCCUGCAAUACCAACAUGUUUGUUUUUGCAAGUGCUUCUUUUUUUGAAUGGAAAGGCAUUUUGCAGACAAAAUCAGAAUAAAGAUGUCAGUCGAAUGUAACUGAAUUUUUCUGAACGUGCCAUUAGGGAAAGAAAAGUAUCAAUGCCUGUGGUUUAUAUGGUGUUUGCUUAAAAUAAAGAAAAGUACCGCACUGAGA